AUGCAAAGACCACAUCUCGAAUCCUCUGGUGGCCACCGGGGCCCACGAGCUGAGUAUGCCCUGGAGCAGAAGGCCCGGAAGGCGUGCAUAAACUGCCGACGCCAGAAGAUGAAAUGUGUCGUCGAAGACAACGAUGUGUGUCGUCGUUGCCGCCGUGCCGGUCUUCCUUGUAUCUUCGUGCCACGGGCAAAUGCCGCGACGCUUCCGAAUAGUGUGCUGCUUGGUCCGCAGGAGGAUGAUUUCAAGGGCGAUGUCCUCCGUAGGCUCCAGAUUAUUGAAGAAAGACUUGGUCUCUCUGACGCAUUCGGCGGCUCGCAUGGCGCACCUGCUGAUGAAGAUCUGUCGCCGGACUUCAGCAGCUUAGGCGCCUUGUGGGACGCAGUCGUAGUGCUCCGGAGGACCGCUCCUAGUUCUGUUCCAGCAAGUAUCUGGCGUAAGAGCACCGUCAAGGAGCUUUGGCUGUCAUUCCAUGACCGCAUGCCAGGACUGCAUUUCAUGCCCCGCAAGCAGACUUUCUCCGCGCCGCAGCCCAUCCUCGUGGCCUCGAUUCUGUUCUGCUCGAGUGUCCGAGGCCCGCGGGACGUCGCAGAGCUCGCGCCGCACUACUUCACCGUCGUCUGCAACGCGAUCGCGCAACUCAGCAUCCCCGGCAGCGAGGUAGGCGCCACACCCGAGGACACAGAGGAGUGGGCCUUCCAGACCGUCCUGGCGAUUGUGCUGGCGGGGCUCCUGACGGAGGCUAUCGUCCGUGAAACAGGGAUCUGGAUCUCCAUCGCCUAUCGCCUGAUCCUGGAACACUGCCCGGCACACAUUGACGACACAUCACGCGAGUGGCGCAAGCUGUUCAGCGGCGUGCAGAUCAUCGAUCUCGAGCAUGCCUCCCUCCACUUGUCCUGUCCAGUCAUACCGAUCGAGGCCCCCCUGCCGGGCCUGCAGACGUCGAACCGGGACCAGCUCUACCGACUGUCGCGGAUGAUGCACACAGGUCUAACGCAUUUCACCGGCAGGGGGCUGCCGACGAUCUGGUCCUACUUCACCGGUCAGCUGCCUAUCCCCAUCCCCACGGCUGGUGGGGGCCUCACGAGUAAUUUUACGGCCGUCGACGCAGCGGUGAUCAGGGACUGGGCGAGGCAGCUUGACGAAUGGCUUGUCGAAUUCACUCAAAACUCCGAGGGCUCGGAGGAGGAUGUCAAGCUUGUGUUCCGCCAGUAUGUACUGCAUCGGUUGGUUGUUCUGUCCAUAUAUCAUCCGGCCCGGGGCUGUGAUCUGUGGUCCAACAACAUCACGCCCAAGGACCAGCACGAACUGCUGCUCUCGGCGCGAGCGACGCUGAAGCUGCAUUCGCACGAUGACUCUAUCUGGUCGAACUGGGACCAGGUGAUGAUUACCUGGGCGGCGCUUAUUGUCAUACAGGGCAUUGAAGGGGGUGCCGGUGAUCCAGAGGAUCUCAACAACAUACGAGUCCACCUGCAAAUGCUCAAGCAGCUGACGGGACCGCACCCAGGUCUCUGCGACAAACUUGUCGCCCGGCUGGAAGGCAGUCUGGCCAACAUCCACACUCCCGGCUCUGCAGACCUGCAGAAUGCAUUCGAGAACGCGGACCCCGCAAUGAACCCCCCUCUGGAUCAGUCAUGGCAGAUCUUCGACCAAUCCAGCCUGCAGUACUUGAUGUACUCGGACUGGAUGGCGUAG